UUCAAAAUUAAUUUUGUACUCUUUAUUUGUUUAUCAAGAUUUAUGGAUGUUUUUUUAAUUGCGGCCAUUCUAUGAUCUGUGUCUUUAAUCUGUUGACUAAAAAUUAAUCAAAUGAUAAACAGUUAAAUAUAAUAAUAUUGUUAUUAAAGGUAAACUAUUAUGUACUUUUAAAUUAUUUUAUUAAUGAUUUGAGUUAAAUUAGAUGGUAAAUAAUUUAAUAUUAUGAAUGUAAAAAUUCUUAUCAUGUGAACCGUAAAACAUAUUCAUGAUAACCUGGUUUACCAUAAAAAAAUCUCAAUGAACAACAAAGAAAUAAAUUCCUGACAAAUACAGUACAAGGUAAUAGCUGUAUGAGUAACAAUAAGGACGAGGCAGUUACUACCAUUAUGUAUGAUCCAGGAAUUCGACAGGAUCAAAAUCCAGUAACUGGUCAGUUGUAUGCUACAAUUGUCAAAAAAGAUGAUAAAGCAUCUUCAGUCGAUUUUCCAUUUUACAAUGUUAAUAUGGUACAGAAAGUUCCUGUAUCGGGUAAUAUAGCUGUUCUUGCUGCAGCUUCUGCAAAUGGAGUAACUCAAACAGAUAAGACUUCUUACCGAUUUGAUGUAACUGCACCUUUUAAUUACAAUUAUGCAUUAGUAAAUCAAAUGUCUCUAUCAUCGGCUGGUGCAGCAUUUAAAUGUGAUGUUUGUGGUGCUGGAUUUGCACAUGCAACAAUGCUUGAUCAUCAUAAAAAGUCAGCUCAUCCACAAGAACCACCAUCAUUUACAUGUUCUACUUGUGGUUCUUGUUUUCCUCAAGUAAGAGAUAUGAAAGUUCACCGAUCUACUGUGCAUAAGCAAUGCUUUUCUUGCGGUGCUGAUGUUGCUUCACAGACCGUAAAAGGUAAGAAGUCUAGAUUUAUUAAAUGUGUAAGCUGUAGUGGUGGAAAUUGUUCUAACUAUACACCUCAAGAAAAUGAAAUGGAACCUAGUGAUCAUAAUUUAUCACCUGAGCAAACUGCUAUUAUGAAGGGUUAUUAUCCAGUUAAAAAAAGAGGUAUGGCAACAGUUACAAAAUGUUAUAAAUGUAAUGGUUCUGGUAUUAUUUUUUUAGUAAAUGGCAAUCAUGCUAAUGUAAAUAUGAAAAAUGAUUCUAUUAAUCAUUCGAAUACUCCUAAUAAACCUUUUCAUUGUAACAUAUGUGGAGGAAGUUUUUCACGUUACUCAUCAUUAUGGAGUCAUAAACGUCUACAUACUGGUGAUAAACCAUAUAAAUGUGAUAUAUGUGGUUUGUCAUUUGCAAAAGCAGCUUAUUUAAAAAAUCAUGGCCGAGUACAUACUGGGGAAAAACCAUUUAAAUGUGGUGUUUGUGGAAUGCAAUUUUCUCAAUCUCCUCAUCUAAAAAAUCAUGAACGCAUACAUAGUGGAGAACGGCCUUAUCAAUGUGAAGUAUGCGAUAAAACAUUUGCUCGACAUUCUACUUUAUGGAACCAUCGACGUAUUCAUACAGGAGAAAAACCUUAUCGUUGUGAUACAUGUGGGUCAGCAUUUAAUCAAGCUACACAUUUGAAAAACCAUGCUAAAGUACAUACUGGUGAAAAACCUCAUCGCUGUGAUAUUUGUGGAGUUGGUUUUAGUGAUCGAUUUGCGCUAAAGCGGCAUAGAAAUAUUCAUGAGAAGUAUGCUAGACAGCAAAGUGAUGCAGCUGCUGCACAAACUGUUACACCUCCAUCUCAAGAAUUAGAGUCCAUAAGUGGACAAACUCAAAUAGAGGAAUGUAUAUAUAGUGCUGAUUACGUAGAAAAGUAUGACUCAGCUAAUAAUAUUCCUACUGACAUUGUAGAAGUUAAAGUUGAUCAACAAAAUCAAAGAGAACAUGAUGCUCAGCAACAACAAAUUGAUGAUUGUAUUUAUAAAUAAUGUAUGAUACAAGUUCAUUGAAUGAAGAAUCUUAUAGCAAUAAGAAAAUCAGAUAAAAAUAUGAUCAUAUUUAUGGGUUCAAGUAUUAUUAUCAUGAAACUCGAAGAACAUUUUAGAAUCCAGGAAUGAUAAAAUAAUAUACGGUGCUAUAGAUAGUUGUAUUAAAUAUUAAUUUAUAAGGUUUGAAGAUAAUUUAAAAAA